AGAAAAAUUCCACCUCAGAAUAUUGUCUGUCGUUUAAUGAUGAGAGAGACAAACACAUUAAGAAGAGGGAUUGGAUAUGGAAAUUCCUCAAACUGUUUCUACACUAAUAUUGUCCCCGGGCUAACAGUUGUAGGCGUGGAAAAACCGCCAUGUUUUUUAAGAAAAUUCACCCCCGAUGGCAAAUAUUUUAUUGCUUUCUCUUCAGAUCAGACGUCAUUGGAGAUUUAUGAGUUUAGAGGCUCACAGGCUGCUGGGAAUUUAUUGAAAAAUGUCACAGGCGACCUUCUGCCAUUUACUUUAGAAUCAAAUGAAACGAUUCAUAACGUAAGAGCCAAUCUAUUCUCGACUUUCUUCACACUGAAACAUACAGUUAACGUGUCAACAGAUAACGAAGGUUUAAAUAGGGAGUGCAGUCUAUUUACAGAUGACUCCAGAUAUGUGAUAGUCGGGUCGACGGUGACCCUCCCUGAAGAGCCCUACCCGGUAUACAGAGAUAUGUACCAGAACAACGAGUCCCUCCAUCCCAACGUCAACAUAUCCCUCGAGGACUGCUCCAUACACGUUGUUCAGAUUGAGAGCGGCAUGCUGUGUGAUACUAAGAGAUUCAAAUGUGACAAAAUCUACCUGUCUCACAAUCAAGGUGUGUCACUGUAUAACAGGAUAUUGGCGGUUCUCUCUGUACAACAUCAGACCAUAUAUAUAUUUCAGCUAACGGAGGAAGGAAAAUUGUUAGAAAUGCGGAAGUUGGGAAGAUUCUGCUUCGACGACGACCAACUCACCAUCUCCAUCUUCUCAGAAUCCUCCUCCCAACUCAACAGACCCCGACGAAACCCGCCACUAUUAACGCCUCUGAAACAUCGUCUGCUCGUUUAUUUGUAUCAUUCGGCGUUGAUUGAGUCUACGCGUGUCGGUAGUCAGUCUGCGAUACUCGAGUUUCAUAGGAAUUUUGAGUUUUACUGCAAGUUGAGGAUGUGGAAGAUGCAGCUGCUAGACGAGAGUCACUUGCUGAUCAAAUACUCAACAGAAGACAUCAUCACCAUGAAAAACCAGGAUUACAAUCAGCAGAUCUUCUACUUUGCCGUCUUUGACACUCACCUUUCCCGGUUUCUCUCUUUUUAUGAUAGUUCCUCUCAGUCUCUUCUCACUCUCUCCGAGGAUUAUACGGAUUUAUUUAGAAACUCGGGGAAUCCCACUAACAUAUACACUAAAAAUUUGAAUUACAGAUUUAGGCAGGGAAUAUCUAACAUCAAACAAGGCAACAGACUGUUCUUCGUCAAACGGGUCCUCUCCCAACUGCCAAUAAGCUCCCAAUCCUACAGCUCCAGUCCUUACCUGGACACCGCCCUCUUCAGCUACGACGACAAGUGGCUCAACUCCCUAGAGAGGCCCAAGAACUCAGGAGAUCACGCUAUAAAGUUCAACGCCAGAGACUCGGGACUCCUCAAGUUCAAGAUCUACACGGGAUUAGCCGGAUCUCUUUCAUCCAUCUCCCCGCCUCCCCCCAACUUAUCCAGACGUCUGGUGGCCUUCACAUUUCAUCCAUUUGAACCCUUCGCCAUCAGCGUUCAAAGGACGAAUGCCGAUUACGUCGUGAACUUUCACGUCGUUCCUAGCGACGGCAGCCGUUGCGACGUUGAGUGUCAAGAUCGUGCCUGCAGCAGUGGCGAUGGUGGCGGCAGUCCCGAGAACGAGGGUGAUAGCGACCCUGUCAUUGACCCGAGCAAUGGUCUCAAUGAUUCUACAUUCGGUAGUGAUAACCGCGAGAGUGAUAGCAAUAAUAAUGCUAGUAGUAGUGGUAGUAGUGGCAGUAGAAGAAACAGGCGCUUAACAUACAGCGGUGGUAGUAGCUACGGCGUUAGAAGUCGACCGACUCAGCGGGCGAGGAUCCCUAAUCGCCCGUUUAACGUGGCUAUUCCGGAUCAGAUUUCUAGUCGAGAUCCUGGAGGAGAUGCGAGUGAUGAUGAGUAG